AUGGCGCCGCGGCGACGCCCAACGCUCUCUUUGCUCCUUCUAGUCGUCCUCCUUUUGAUCGCUGUGUCUGCUGAUGCCACGUCAGCGGAGAGCAGAGAAGGAGAAACAGAAGGCUACGCGGCCGUGGUGAGGGACCAGUUCAUGGGCCUGAAACCGUGGUCGGAACCACGGUCAGGGAGCCGAUUCCUCGCGGCGGUCGGGGGCAAGAAGGGCGACAUCUGCGACGGGGGCAAUGUGCGCGGCUGCGCAGGGGGUGACCCCGGGCAGCGCCUCCGGUGCUGCAGGAGCAGGUGCACCGACCUUCUGUCCAGCCGGGCCAACUGCGGCGCCUGCGGCAAACGGUGCGGCUUCGGCCAGCUCUGCUGUAAAGGCCAGUGCACCACCAUUGCCUACGACGUCAAGAACUGCGGCGGAUGCGGCGUGCGGUGCCAGCGCGGGCUCCGGUGCACGUACGGCCUCUGCGGGUACGCGUGA